AUGACACGGCGGCGGAACAAGCCCGGCGGCGGCGGCGGUGGCGGCGGCGGCGGCGGCGGCGGGGCCCGCAGGACCAUCGGGCCACCCCCGCCCCCGCCACAGCCCGAGCCGCCCUGCCCAGCCGCGGGCGCGGGGCUCGCGGACGGAGAGACUGCAGUGACGCCGGGCGGCUGCGAGGAGCCCGUGCGCCCCGGGCCCGAGCCGGGGCUGGAGCAGGAGCAGGAGGAGCAGGGCCCGGCCCCGGAGGUUCUCCCAACUUCUAAUGAGUCCGUGCAGACUUGCUGCUUGUUGUGUCAUCGGGAGCGCAAGGACUGGGAAGGCCCUUCCCACAAUGGGCUGGUCUCCUCUGGGGAGAGGCUCCCACCUGACUUUGUGCCAACAAUCGUCCAGAACCUGCUGGGAGAGAUGCCUCUGUGGAUCUGCCAGAGCUGCCGAAAGAGUGUGGAGGAUGAAGAAAGGAAGGCUCUUCAAGAACAGUCCCUGGCGGUCUCAUUAUCACACACGUCCUGCAAGUCACAGUCUUGUGGGGGUGGUUCCCACUCCUCUUCCUCUUCUUCUUCCUCGUCAUCAUCGUCCUCCUCCUCCUCAUGCCAUGGGAACUCAGGGGACUGGGAUCCCAGCUCGUUCCUGUCUGCACACAAACUCUCAGGCCUCUGGAACUCCCAGCAGGCUGGCGGUACCAUGCAGGGCCCCUCGAUGGGGGGCCCUCCUGCUUCACCUGGUGAGGCCUUCCAUUCCUCUGAUCAUCACCGGCACUCAGACCUCACCGCUCCCCCCAAUAGUCCCACCGGCCAUUCCCAACCACCAGCAUCACUGAUCCCUGCUCACCCAGGACCCUUUGGAUCUCCACCCCAUGCCCACCUAACUCCUACUGCCCAGGCAUCACCUUUUCCCACACCCGUCCCCAACAAUCAUGCUCCAGUGCCCAAGACUCCUUCUGAGUCACCUGCUGCUGCUGCCGCUGCCGUUACUGCCCCACAUAGCCCAGCACCAUGUAAGAGCCCUCACUUAUCCUCCGCCAACAUGCCGCUUCUGAAGAUGCCUCCUCCACUCUCAGGGUGUAAUCACCCCUGCAACGGGCAUUGCACUGCGUCUUUGGUCCCUCAAGCUGCCUCACAUCAGCUUCCCAGCACUAACAGAGACCCAGGAUGCAAGGGUCACAAGUUUACAAAUGGUACUGGCUGCCACCCACCACAGUCAUGUGAUGCAGAUGAGGGUCUUGGAGAGGAUGAGGACAGCAGCUCAGAACGAAGCUCCUGCACCUCAUCCUCCACCACUCAGAAAGAUGGGAAAUUCUGUGACUGCUGCUACUGCGAGUUCUUUGGACACAAUGCGCCCCCCGCUGCCCCGACAAGUCGCAACUACGCUGAGAUACGAGAAAAGCUGCGCUCACGGCUGACAAAGAGGAAAGAGGAGCUGCCCCAGAAGAUGGGCCUGGCAGGGAGUGGCCCAGGUGAACCAGCUGUGGACCAUCGGGAUGUGGAUGAACUGCUGGACUACAUCAAUAGUACUGAACCCAAACCCCUCAACAGUGCCAAGGCAGCCAAGCGAGCUCGUCACAAACUGAAGAAGAAGGAGAAGGAAAAAGCCCAGCUGGAAGCUGAGGGCUCUAAGCGUGCUGAUCGAAAUUCCAUGGCUGGUCAAGGUGCAGAACCAUCAGGGGAAAAGCUGUUAGAGUGGCCGCAGCUUGAACUGGAGCGGGUCAACAGCUUCUUGACCAGCCGCUUACAGGAGAUCAAAAAUACCAUCAAGGAAUCCAUCCGAGCCAGCUUCAGUGUAUAUGACCUUAAUCUGGAUGUGAAUGACUUUCCUAAAAAGGCAGCCAUGCUGGAGCAGAGGGACCUCCUUUCCCGCCUCAAUGGCUCAUCUGACCUACAAGAGAUUGGUUUAGAUCUCUCACCUUUGACUUUAGGUUCCUCCCAGAAUCACACACUACACUCCCCUAGUGAGCGUGAUCUGCCCCAGGACGAGAGAGUACCUCUUCCCUCACCUUCCACCACUGAGAAUGGGCUACUUAAAAGGCUUAGUGCUGUGCCUAACCUCUCCCGUAUGAUCUGGGUUCAGUCUCCAAAGGCUGCUGACUCAGCCCCUGAAGGGCUGAGCCAGAAUGUGAAGGAUGCAGUCUCCAUUAAUGGGCCUGAGCUCCCUGAGCCCCCACCUGGUGGAGGGGGAAGGCAAAAGAAGAAUAAGAGGCAGAACAAUCAGGGCAAGAAGAGUGAGACAUAUGCAGUACCUGGGCAUCAGGCCAAGCUGGAGAGCCCCUCCACUAAGGGACAAGCUUCAGGAACUAGGCAACCAGCCAAGGGCCCGGAGCCCUCAGAAGGGCCUCGUGGGAGCCGAUCAGGACAGAACUGGACUUGGAAUGCUAAGGUUGAGAAAGGAAGCUUGUGGAGAAGCCGGAAGAGUGAAGCCAAGAUGGACCGGCCAGAACAGGAAUCUGUGCAGCCGCCUGGCCCAGGGCAUGGGCCAUUUGGGAAUCCCUCUGGGUUGGGAGCCUCACCACAAACCAAGGGAAAGCACAGGAAGAACCGGAACAAGAUGGAGAAAUCUACCACUUCUCUGGAUGAUGUGUUCCUGCCCAAGGAUGUGGAUGGAGUAGAAAUGGAUGAGACGGACCGGGAGGUGGAAUACUUCAAGAGGUUCUGCCUGGAUUCUGCAAAGCAGACUCGUCAAAAAGUGGCUGUGAACUGGACCAACUUCACUCUCAAGAAAAUCACCUCCAGCGCAGCUCAGUGAGCUUCCCUUUUCUACGGGUUCCUGAGAUGCCUGGGAAUACUAGUCACUGGUCCUCAUCUCAUUCCUGUCCCACAUGAGCUUUUCCAGCACAGCCCGGCAGAGAGUGAAGGCCUGACUCCCCUGCUUCUCUUCAACUGACAGGGAAGUUGUAGGAAAUGUGGAACCCCAGUGUUUGGCCUUCACAUCAUAUCCAACUUUAAACUCUGGGGGAAGGGCCUACUUUCCUACACACACAGAGCACACCACCAGAUGCAAAGUAAUAGGAUACUCUUAAACAGAGCCAGUCUUCUUCCCUCACCCCAGCCCAGUGCAGCCUAAGAGUGUCUGGGGCGGGUAGAAUAUAAGAUUGUGAGCAGGAAAGGCUUUUACAUAGCACCUGGUCAGCCCCCUCAUUUUACAGCUGAAGAAGCAGAGGCCCAGUGAGGGGAAGGAACUUCUCCAACCUUAAACCAGGUAGUAAGUAGUAGAGCUAGAAUUUGGACUCAGGCCCUGAUACUAAACCCUAUACUGUAGCCAGGAACACAGACUUCAAAGGGAUGUGAGAAGCAUUUUGUAGGAGACAGGGAGAUGUCAACAGGAUGGUUGAAAGCUGUCUGAAUGUGGGGAGCUUGGGUCGAAGCCUUCAGUAAGCACCACGCCCACCCCACAUUGUUGUAGACUGAGAGAAUUACCACUCCCUCUUUGCUCCCUCCCAUAUUCCCCUUCCAGCCAUCUUCUUUAGCCUACUGGACUCUAGCCUCUGUGGUCAGCUGUCUGCCUGGAUUGUUAUACUUAAAAGCUGCGCAACUGUCCUUCAGGGCUUGGGGACAUUGACUGGAAAAAGAGGAAAAUUGGGAUUUACUUCUUGAGGGGGAAACUCAUGGAACAAGGAUCUUGUUGUUCAACUUGGGGAGGACCCCAGCUUCCCACCUCUGUAGCAUCCUCUGGUUGGAGGAUGUGGAUCAGGUCUACACAGCUGUACUCAGCAGUGGGGACUGGAGCAGGUUCCUAGCACACUAGCAUACUGUCCUCAGGAACAGAGAGAGACCUGCUCUGACCUGUCCCUUACCCACCAGCCCUCCUCUCCUUCCUUCCAGGGAAGUUGAGAACUUUCUCAAGUAACUAGUUACAGAGCCAUUUUCAUUCUGUAGUCAGGUUCCAAGAAUCUUGCUUCUACUCCUUCCCUUCCCUCCUCCUGCCUCUAGGAGUGCUCUCUGAACUUCCUGCCUUCCUCUGAAAAUAGGACACUUUCUAUUCUUUGAGUACAAUCCUGGGGUCCAGAGCUGAAAGGGCCUUUAGAGGUCGUCUAGGCGCCCCCAUACCUUCAGCCUCUUGCUCGAGUUUGGUUAGUGAGUAGGUUAGCCAAGAUUAGAACCUCCAAGCUUCUAACUAGAUUCCAAAUCCAGUUCUCUUUUUGCUUCUGCUAUCAGUGCCCCCCAACCUAGUACUUAAGGCCUCUGGCUUGGCUUGCUAAACAAAAAAUUGACAAACUGUUUUGAGAGUUUAGUGGCAACAGGUUCCCUAAAUGCUGAACUUUGACCUCACAUCCUUCUUUUUAAAAUCCCUUUGCAACAUGAGCCCAAUCAACUGAUCAUCCCCAAUGCCUCAGCCUUGUUCCAGAUUCUCUUUUCUGUUCUGGGACAAGCACUAGAAGUUCCUAGGAUUCUGCUCCUAACUUUGCCAUAUCUACUGAGGUGAGGAGCCUUUACAGAAUUAAGGAAGAAUGUUGAAUAUCCUUUGAGUGAGGCUGGUAUUUCCUUGGCCAAUUUUCCAUUUGGGGGACCUAGUCUGUCCACAGACUCCUGAGCAAUUUAGUAAGACUCCUUGGGCAAUUAAAACUGCUGUCACUUGAGAUGACCCAAGAUGUGAAAUGUUAAAGGAAAUGAAAUUUCCUCAGACAGAACCAAUCCCUCUAACCUAUGGGGAGACCCCUUCUUUAGGAUAUAUACUUGCUUAUGAAUCAGUGCUUUAUGAAAUUCUCUAAUUUUACAGUUUCUUCUUCCCUUCUUUGCCCGAAGGUCCUUUCCAGGAAGGAAUCAAGUAGGCAGGAUUAAGUAAUAGUCAGUACAAGACAGCAUGCUCAGAAUUACUGCUCUGACUUUUCUCUUGGUUUCCUUCUAACUCCCCCAUCAUUGAUUUAUGGGAACUAGUACCACAUGCCCAAUAUUCAUUUGUAUUCAUUCCCUAAUCUUUGUCCUUUUCCCUUAGAUCUGUUGAGCCAACAUUCCCAAACAGCCUUUUGUGGACUAGCUGGCUGAAUGGCUGGAAACUGGAAGCAAGGGUAGUCCCCACUCCACUCGUUCCCUUUCCUUUUCCUGUCCCCUCUUACUUAGGUCUGGACAGCUGAGCAGCAAGGUUGUUAAUACUAGGUAUUAACAUUUAUCUGGAAAAUGUCUGGGGAUGAGAAGCUGGAGGAGCAGGAGUCAAGGUAGCAGAAAGCUAAACACCUGUGGAGAGCAGUAAAUUCUCAGGGCUCUGGAGACCCAUAGCCAGAAGCCAUGUAGCUUCUGGGCCAGCUACCUCAGAGGAAGAAGUGCUGGGCACCUUCCUCAGAUAAAUAGAAGCCUGGCAUUCAACAUGAGGUGCUGGUUCUGCCACAGCCAAGGGGAGCAGAAGUUGGUGGUAGUUGGUCUUUGUCCUAGGGAGUACUAACAACUCUGGUAGCAAGAAGGGCCCUUUGUCCUCACCCAGGAGGUGGUUCCACUUUGCUUGAGGUCUAGAACACCUUUUGAAUUCACCUACUAUAUACUCUGUCCUAUCCCUCUCCUCCCAGGCAUGUGUUUUCCCUCCUAUGAUUGGGAGAGUAGGGGUGGCAAUUGAAGGCAAUCCAGAUAGUCUGAUAAAUGUUUUUGAUUUCCUUUUGCAACCCAAGGAGCGGAAAUGGCAUGCAGGCUUGCUUCUGUUGCCACAGUGAUCACAGGGGUGAAGGUGGGGGGGGUUGGAACCAUUCCUGAUGUAUGUUAAAGCCUGAACUAUGGAACAGGAAGAGAAGCAGGUUGUGUUAUCACCCUCUUUUUUCCCCAGCCCCUGCCUGGUCCACACUGAACUAUUCUUCUCCAGGAUGGUCGUAGCUCUUGGGUACUGGCUGAAUGUCUGGAGAGAAAGUACUUUCCCUCCCCACUCCUGCCCUCAUGGUGGCUCUGUCAUUCAUACCUGUCCACUUGCCACUUGACUACCUAAGAACCCCUCUCCUCGGAUGAACCAAAACCUGGAUUGACACUGAGCUGUGAUGGAAACAAACUCUGGAUCUUCGAAAAGCCGAUUUCUGGUGCUAGCCAGCCUCCACACUUGGAGCCCGGACUGGGACGGGCUGCUCCCCCAGGGUACUGUGGGGUAAAGGAGCUGGUGGAAUUGCCUGCCCAGCGCUUCUCUCUGUGUUUGGUUUUUUUAUUCUUUACUUUUGAUACUGUGAAGAUCUUUCAUGCUGAAAGAUUAAAUGACAUUUGGACACAG